AGGAAAACAAAACAACUAAAGUAACAUUCAGCAAAGAAUCUUGGGCGGAACAGCACAAUCUUUUUCUCUCUUUUUUCUUUGUAUUGUUUGCGUGCACUGCAAUCGUGUGACAUCAGUCAAUCAGAUCCCAAAUUUUGAAGCGAAUAAUAAUAAAAAAUACACAGCGUAUCCAUUGUCUUUCUCACGAGCGCAUCCGCAAUUGCACACUCGCAGCCCCCCUCCCCCCUUCAAUUGGGCUACCAUUGUCUGUUAUUUAGGUUUUCUUCACCUAUCAUUUUUUUCCGUCUUGUGGAAGCUACAGUCGGCUGCGCCUAUUUCUCAUAUCCGCAUACGCGUACACCUCACUUCCUCAUUCAUCAGGGUGGCUCUUAAGCAUUAGCUUUUCUGUCAUACUUAAUCGCUGUUGACGACCACUCCUGUCUCGACGUUUUCCCUAUUCGUGCUUUCCCUUCUUUGUUAGUUAUCAUCAUUGUUCGAGCAGCGUUCUUCCUUGAGCUGACACGUGCUUUUUGUCCCUCACUGUUUAGUUGCCUGGUAGAACACCCUGUUGUGUACUCCGCUGGAGCAGCAACCACAAGAAGAAUCUCAGCAACAACCAAAAAAAAAAAGGCUGCGUAGUAGUAAGAGGAGGAGCGGAGUGCGGAUGGUCCCUCGAAGGAGAUUCACCAAGACAGAGUUGCCGUCAAGCGAUGCGAGGCCACACGUCUCAGAUGCGGCGGCGGGCCGCCACAACGCGCCUUUGCCAGCAAAGGCCACAGGAACUUCCAGCGUUAUCUUUCUCCUUGUCCAAAUGUUUUUUUGUCUUGUCGGCAUCAACCUGUGUUUUGGGUGGUGGUCCUUAAAGCAAGAACGAGUCAUCAAGAAGCCGUAUCUUAUCUUGGAAGAGAACGCAGCAAGCAAUGACGUUGUCCUUCCCGCGCACAAGAGGGUCUUUCUGUCUACCGUGUACGGCAUGACGCUGACGCAGACGCUGGCGGGUUUCUUGAUGAGUGCGACGUUACUGGGCUUUCACAACGUCGUAUGCAGGUGCGCCAAGCGUCCGGGUACUUCUUCCGCAGUCACCACCCGCACUACAAGUGUGAGGAGCGAUCUCCAAGGUCAGACGAAACUAACCCUACGCGACGUACCGGAGCUCCUGGCAAUGGGCUAUUCGAACAUCUUCGGCUCCUCGCUUGGCUACGCUGCGAUGCGCCGUCUUUCUUUUCCUGUUACACUGACCGCCAAAAUGGCCAAGAUGCUGCCCGUCAUGCUUGUCGGCUCCGUCUGGUAUCACACCCGCUACCCCGCACGCAAAGUCAUCGCGUGCUUUUGCAUCACCGGUGGUGUGAUCACGUUUGCGCUGCUGGAUCGGAGUUCAAGCCCGGGCGGAAAGCCCGCGAAGGCGACGGAUCCGCCGGCAACGUCUUCGUUGUCGGUUCUCGGGGUGGCGCUAAUGAUAGUGAACCUGCUGAUGGACGGCUACACCAACUCGACGCAAGAUGUGCUGGUGAGGCGGCAUCGCUGGAGCGGGGCGUCGCUUAUGAUGCGGACCAACUUCGUCUCCGUCAUUUGUGUGUUGUCGGUGCUGGCCGUGUUGGAGUGGGGCGAGCAGCCGUGGGCGUGGCUGUGCUCCUUUGUGGAUCUUGUCUUGUCGUCCGUGGCACGUAGCCCCGACCAGGUGGGUGUCAGAGCGGCGUCUGCUAGCCUGUCCUUCCUUCCUUUUCAUGAUCUUUCCAACUUCGUUGGGUUUCUCGCGCGCUGCGAUGAAGCGCGCAACGAUGUGCUGCUCAUGUCGGUGCUCAGCGCCGCCGGUCAGCUUUUUAUAUUUCACACCAUCAGCGUCUUCGGCACGCUGACGGUGACGGCCAUGACGCUGCUGCGAAAAGUUGGCAGUGUGCUGCUUUCUAUUUACGUUCACGGGCAUCAGGUGCGGUCGUCGCAGUGGGCCGCGCUGGCGACAGUUUUCAUCGGAAUUGUAAGUGAGGGCUACAUCAACAUCCAGGAAGCGUCUCGACGACAAAGGCACAGUCCUGCAUCGUCGCCUCCGGCAGCCGGCACGAAUAGCGUGCUUCACAACUCUUCUCCGACGCUGAUGUCGGAGAAAACGCUCUUCCCAACCAACUCACUGCCGCCCACAUCCAGCAGCUCGUCCAUAGCGAUGAUGACGGAUAGCCGCAGCACAACUCCGGCGAACGCUAUCGUGGAGCAUUACAACGAGUGA